UACCAGCGCCCGCUAUGUCUGAGGCGACGGUGGCCGAUACGCGGCGCCUCAACUCGAAGCCGCAGGACUUGACGGACGCCUACGGGCCGCCUAGCAACUUCCUAGAGAUCGAUAUCUUCAACCCACAGACCGUGGGCGUCGGUCGGGCCCGCUACACCAGCUAUGAGCUCCGCAUGAGAACAAAUCUGCCCAUAUUCAAACUAAAAGAGUCUUGUGUGCGACGACGAUAUAGCGACUUUGAGUGGUUGAAGAAUGAGCUGGAGCGUGACAGUAAGAUUGUAGUGCCUCCACUUCCUGGCAAAGCCUUGAAACGCCAGCUUCCUUUCCGAGGAGAUGAGGGCAUCUUUGAGGAGUCUUUCAUAGAAGAAAGAAGACAGGGCUUAGAACAGUUCAUAAACAAAAUCGCUGGACACCCGUUGGCACAAAAUGAGCGCUGCUUACAUAUGUUCCUGCAAGAAGAGACCAUCGAUAGGAAUUACGUCCCAGGGAAAGUUCGCCAGUAGGAGAGUCUGGCAUCCUCCAUUUUUCUCUCUCUCCCCCUGCAAAAAUGACAUUUAUUUUUACAAUGUCCCUUCUGAACCAGCUUUUUCUCUCUGAAUCUCCCCACUUGUCCAGUGUUGCCCGUCAUGCUGUCCCAUUCCACCCCCUUAUCAGGCAGCAGUCUUUGGUUCCGUUGGUCUUUGUUCUCUACAUUAAAGGUGAGAAUCUGCA